UUUGCCUCUACUGCCUCUUCAAGCGCAGGCAAGAUGGCAGCUUCCAUUUCGGCCAUAUUUUGGCUUUAAAACGCCUUAAUGAGAGUAAAUGGGGACCGUCCAGUCCAUACUUUUAUACAGUCUAUAAUCACAACCCAAACUCCACAACGCGCCAAGCAGCACAUUUUUAGUUGCUGCGGAAGCACAGCUCAUUUAGGCUCAGCUCAGCUCACCUCAGGACUUGUUGUGCUACUAAGAUAUAAGGCAGUGUGAGGUUGGUGGAUGGUGGCAGUCGCUGUGCUGGGAGAGUGGAGGUUCUUCAUAGAGGGCAGUGCGGAACAGUGUGUGGUGAUGACUGGGAUAUGAGUGAUGCUGCAGUGGUGUGUAGAGAGCUGGGCUGUGGAGAAGCUGUAGAUGCACUGGGCAAAUCUCAUUUUGGAUCAGGAUCAGGACCAAUCUGGAUGGAUGAUGUGGACUGUAGUGGAUCAGAGUCUAGACUGAAGAACUGUAGAUCACCAGUAUGGGGUAAACAUGACUGCAAUGAAACCCACAAUUCUGGAGUCAUCUGUUCAGGAGCCAGGCUGGUUUUAGGUUCUCGCUGCUCUGGGAGAGUGGAGGUUCUUCAUGGAGAGAGCUGGGUCACAGUGUGUGAUGCUGACUUUAACCAGCAGGAUGCAGAGGUUGUGUGUCGGGAGCUGGGCUGUGGUUCUCCUGUGGAGGUUCUGGGAGCAGCUGCUUUUGGUAAAGGGAAGGGUCAGGUGUGGUCAGAGGAGCUUCAGUGUAGAGGAGAUGAAUCUGAGAUUACUCUCUGUCCAAUAACCUCUUCACACAAAUACAACUGCUCUCAUGGUAAUGAUGUGGGACUUGUAUGUUCUGGUCAUACUCAGGCUCGGCUGAUGAACGGCUCAGACUCCUGUUCUGGUCGAGUGGAGCUCCAGUACCUCAGUGAGUGGGGUACAGUGUGUGAUGUAAGCUGGGAUAUGAGAGCUGCCAGUGUCCUCUGUGCUCAGCUGAAGUGUGGGAGUGCUGUGGCUGUGUUGGGGUCAGACUGGUUUGGGGAGGGGAGUGGCCGGAUCUGGGCGGAUGUGUUUGAUUGUCAGGGGAACGAAACACACCUGUUAAAAUGUCCCAUUUCAUCAUGGAGUCGAACUGCAUGCUCUCAUAAACAGGAUGUUGGACUCAUCUGCAGUGGUUCUUCUCUGGCGUCUCAUGAGGGAGGAGUGCGGUUGUCUGGAGGGAUGGAGUGUGAGGGGGUGGUGGAGGUGUUCUUCAGGCAGGACUGGAGGAGAGUUCUGCUGGACUCCUGGAGUGAGUCUGAGGCCUCUGUGGUCUGCAGACAGCUGGGCUGUGGUUCUGUACUCAACACCUCCAGCUCCUCUUCAUCCAGUCCUGAACACAGCUACAUGUGUGUGACGGGUUUCAACUGCUCUGGGAGUGAAGCUCAUCUGAGGAACUGCAGCAGCUCACAAGCAGUUAACUGCAGCUCCACAGUACAGCUCUACAUCACCUGCUCUGGCUACAGCUCCAUCAGGCUGGUUGGUUCUGGGGGAGACUGUGCUGGAAGGCUGGAGGUUUUCCACAGUGGAUCAUGGGGGACAGUGAGUGAUGAAUUGUGGGAUAUUGAGGAUGCGCAGGUGGUCUGCAGACAGCUGCAGUGUGGAGUCGCCCUCAGUGCUCCAGUACCGGUACCAGCCCGGUUUGGAUCUGGAACUGGACCCAUAUGGCUGAAUGAGGUGGAGUGUGAGGGGAACGAGGCGUCUCUGUGGAACUGCAGAUAUCAGCUGUGUGGAGAGGAUGAAUGUGGACACAAGGAUGAUGUAGGAGUCGUCUGCUCAGAGUAUAAAGAGAUCAGACUGACUGAGGGCUGUGAGGGGAAUCUGGAGGUGUUCUAUAAUGGAACCUGGGGGAAUGUGUGUAACAAUGGGAUGGAUGUAGAAACAAUUGGUCUCAUCUGUCGGGAGCUGAACUGUGGAAGAUUUAAGACUGAGAGAGCUACCAAAGCACGAGUGGAAUCAGCUCCUAACUGGCUGGAUGAUGUAAAAUGUAGGAAACAUGACUCUACUCUGUUUCACUGUCCAUCUUCAUCCUGCAGUCAGAAGAAUUGUGAUAGAAGCAGUGAGGUGACUCACAUUACCUGCUCCGGUAUGUUGUUUUUCUUUGUAGUAGAUGAGCAUGAGUAA